AUGGCUGGACGUUUACCGGAUCGCGUGCUACUGGUGCAGUUUAACCAUAUCAUUGCCAAGUUCAGGAAAUUAAAACCAACUUACCAAGUAAUUAUUAAGGAUAUCACCAAAGAAUGGGGAAUAUAUGUAGCCGGAAUCGUUGGCGAGGGUUUGACUUACCUCUUUGUCGAGGCCGAGAUAGGCAAGAAUACCCUAAUCAAUUACUUACUGUAUAGAUCAAUAGGUCUACUCUUGCAGAAGAACAACAUCAUCCGCAAUAUUCGUAAAGAUUUCGAUAACGGUCGCCGCUUUGGCUACGCUAGAGUUAUGUUUUCGCAAUCCGGUGAUUUUUAA